AUGGGUUUAUCUACUGGAAGUGGUGUUUUACCAGACGAUCAACUCAUUGCUGCUGUUGGAGGGAAAGUAUUGAUAAAAACAAACUUGAAUCCACCUGAGACACCUUUUACAUUGGUUACCUGGGAUUAUGAUAUUUCACCAACUUCGCCCAUAAUAACCUCACUUAAUCCUGAUUCAAACAUAAUUGCACCAGAAUAUGAAGGUAGGAUCACCCUCUUCAGAUCUACUGGAUCUCUGGAGCUCAGGGAUCUGAAACUCAGUGACAGUGGAGAAUACAGAGUCACCAUUUAUCCUGCUGGAGAGCUACAACAGAUAGGACAGACCUCUUUGCAGAUAUAUGAACCAGUCUCUGGUGUAACCAUCUCCCCACCAAGUGCAGACUUGGUUGAAUUCAACAGCUCAGUCCGUCUAUCCUGCUUCUCUUCCUCUGGAUCUUCUCUCUCCUUCCGCUGGUUGAACAGCAGCUCUGAGGUUACUCCCAGUGACAGGGUUCAGAUCACUGAUGGAAGAUCAACUCUGACUAUAGUUAAUGUGACCCGCUAUGACCAGGGAUCAUACAGCUGCAAUGUGUCUAAUCCUGCCUCUUCUAAAAGCAGUGCUCCAAUAGAAAUAAGUAUCAGCUAUGGGCCAGACAAUGUAAGAUCAGAGGUGAAUCCAUCAGGAGAACAUCAUAAGACUGGGUCAGACAUCAGUCUGAUCUGCUCUGCUGAUUCAACACCUUCUGGUGAAUAUCAGUGGUUUCUAAAUGGAGACGCUCUGAGUACAACUGGACCAGAACUCAGACUGAUGAACAUUCAGAUGAGUCACAGUGGAAACUACAGCUGUCAGGCCUUUAACAGCAAAACCCUGAGAUAUCAAACAUCUCCACCUUCAGCUGUCUAUGUUCAUGAGCCUGUCUUAAAUGUAAAAGUUACUCAAGAAUCCUCAGACUUGAUUGAGUUUAGUAAAUCUGCCAUCUUCCGCUGCUCCUCGUCUGGAUCAUCUCUCUCCUUCUGUUGGAUGAAAGACUCCUCUGAGCUUACAGCCAGUGACAGAGUUCAGAUUACUGAUGGAGGAUCCACUCUGACUAUUGUCAAUGUGACCAGAAAUGACGAGGGAUCAUACAGCUGUGAAGUGUCCAAUCCUGUCAGCAAUGCCAACAGUGAUCCAGUAUUCCUCUCUGUCAGCUAUGGCCCAGAAAAAGUCACAUUAAAGGUUAAUCCUGAAUCUCAGAAACAUUAUAAGGAAGGUUCAGACAUCACCUUGUCUUGUUCGGCUGAGUCCAGACCUGCUGCCGUGUUUAGUUGGUUACUAAAUGAAAAAAAUCUGACGAAUUCUGAACAUGAGCUCAAGCUAAUCAGUGUUCAGAGGAAUCAGAGUGGAAACUACAGCUGUCGGGCCUUUAACAGUAAAACCAAAGUAUAUCAAACAUCUCAACUUGCAUCUAUCUCUAUAGUGGAAAACCAACCAAGUCUCUCUGGAGGUGCCAUUGCUGGAAUAGUAAUAGCAUGUUUGUUAGUUGCUGCUGCUGGAGCUACUGGAGGCUUCUUCAUCUAUAAAAAAAUAAAAAAACCUAAUCCACCAUCAGCUACAGAAGAACCAGAUAAUGGGUAUGUUAACAUGCCAGGAAUAAAAGGAAAUAAGAAAGAAAACCACGUCUAUGAGAAUGUUGCCGGGAUUAAGACCAAUAAAGAAGAAGAACAUGUGUAUGAGGAGAUGUCACAGAAUCAAAGGAAAAAAUACUUAUUAAAUGUUUUCUUUUAAA